AGUAAAAAAACUAAAAUAUUAAAAAAACAACUAUUUUAAAAAAUAAAACUUUAAACAAAUAAUAAUGAUAAAUUUAAAAAUAGUUAUAUUAAUAUUUAUCACUAAUACACUAAUACAACAAUGUAGUGGUCAGUUGGAAAAUUUCAAUCAAAUUGGUCUUCAAAAUUAUCAACACUUGGAUAUCAACAAAAAUUAUACAAAAAUUGAUGACGUGAUCAGUGAUGCCCGCAAAGAGUUACUGUCAUUAAUGGCCAACCAAUCGAUUCCCGGAGCUGUAGUAGCAUUCAGUAUUAAAGGCAAAACUGUUUGGUCAGAAAGUUUAGGUUUAGCUGACAUUGAAAACAAUGUGCCGACACAUGUAGACAGUCCGUGGAGAUUGUGUAGUAUUAGUAAACCGGUUACAUCAGUACUGGUCGGUCAGCUAUUAGAGAAAAAAUUGUUGGAUUUAGAUAAACCUAUUGACAACUAUUUGCCGCUCAGUUUGUUUCCUAUUCAUCGAUACAAAGAUACUGAUUAUAAGCUAACACUGAGACUACUGAUGUCACAUAUGGCUGGCCUACAUGUAACGGCAGUUCCCGACGAUUUUAGUAAAUUUUUUAAGGCAACUAAUGUUACGCAAAUGAUUAGUUUGUUUAACAACGAACCGUUGCUCUACAAACCGGGAACCGAAAUGCGAUACUCUAACUAUGGUAUUCAAGUGGUCGGUGCUAUCAUAGAGUCAAUACUCAAAACUAAUUUUGUCGAUGAAAUGCCGAAACUGUUUGCUAAAAUUGGUAUGAAUUCAACUGUUAUUGAAAAACAUGAAAAUCUACUCAAACAUAGACCCAGAUAUUACUCUGCAUCACCUGAUAAGCCAACUGUACUGCAAACUAGUGAUCUCAUUGACGAUAUGUUUAACUACGAGGGCUGGUGGCCGGCCGGUGGUAUACUAUCAACUGUUACCGAUAUGUUAAGAUUUGGCAACACAUUGAUUGAUGCCUAUCACGGAACUGAUCAAUCAAUCGUAAGCCAAUCGACAAUUAAAGAGUUAUGGAAACCGGAAACUGUUGGCAAAAUUAAACCGGAAUUUCAUUCAGAUUACGCAAAACAAUGGGUCGUAUAUUAUAUGAAUGCUAGCUAUCCAUACAAACUGGCUGUCGGACACUCGGGUGGCCUAUUGGGUACAUCAACACAGUUAACAUUGUUUCCCAAUGAACGUAUUGUCGGUACAGUAUUCACCAAUAAAGGCAGUCUCCUAGCAUUGCCUGACUAUAUUACACAAGUAGCUGGAAAUUUCAAAAAUUUUAUCUGAAAAAUAAUAAUAAUUAAAAUAUUAAAAUAAUUUA